AAUGAUGCCAAGAGUUGCACUGGCGAGUGGGCUGUGUGCAAAAUAAGUUUAGGAUAGAAAAAAAAAAGUGAGAAAGGAGCGAUUUGGUCAAAAAAGGGGUGGUGUGGGGCAGGCUGCUGGGGAGGGAGGCAGACGCUGCCUCAUGACUGCUCGUGAAGAGGAUCCCACGCACACCUGGCUGUGGUGAAGCCUAAGUGGCACGUAAUGUGGAAUAUUUCACAAGCAAAUGCCCGAAAUUGGGGAUAUUUCCCCCUAUUUCAGCCCCCUUGGAGAGGCCUCCGCCAUUACAGGGCUGAAGACUACAACUCCCAUCAUCCCCUGCGCGCGGGACCCGGAUACAGGGGUGGGAGCGGAAGCAGCGCGGGAAGCUCAACGUGGACAUCAGUGGCACGUGGAGGAUGGUGGAGAGGUAGCUGAGGACCCCGGUGCUGUGGUAAUGUACCUGCACGAAGGAGCGACGGAGACGACUUUUAGCCUCAAGUGCCUUAAGGACAAACUGAUCCCCAUCGGGGCCACCGUGCUCGUGACAGUGUUGCUGAUUGCAGUCAUUGCCCUGGCAGCCAGGAAAUGUCCGUCCUGCCCCUCUCCCAUCCUUCCCACCUGCUCAGGAAACGGCAUCGGGUUCAGGGAGAAAUGCUUCCACUUUGUGGAGAACGAGACCAACUGGAACGAGAGCCAGAACGUCUGCCUCUCCCUAGGAGCCCAGCUGGCCACCAUCGACAGCGAGGAGGACUUGGGCUUCCUAUUGCGCUACGGGCGUGCCUUGCAUUACUGGGUCGGUCUGCAUCAGGAGGGAUCCGACCCCUGGAGAUGGUGCAAUGGGUCUCUUUUCAACAACCGGAAGCAGCUUGUGGAUGCAGAGGGCAUCCCUGGAUGAACCCAUAUGGGAUUAAUCAACCAAAAAUAUUCCUUCCUUCAUGGAAGGGGGCAGAUUUAGCUUUGCAUGGGGGUCAUUGUCUGCUGGAAAGGAUUCUUCCUCCUCCUUCCAGCACCGUUUGCUUAUGUGGGAGAUGCUCAGCCCCUUGACUUCUCCUUCUGCUACUCUGUGCAGGUUCGAUAUCCAGGGCAACGGCCAAUGUGCCUACAUCGACCUGGCUGGGGUCAGCAGUGACUGGUGCUCCCAGCAGAAGUAUUUGGUCUGCAGCCACCCCCUGAAGAGUCCCAGGGGAGCGUAGAGGGGAGGAGAGCCCUGAGCUGUCCCUUGCAGCCUCCUACUGCAUCCUGAAGUCGCCUCUGAAUUUUCACUGUGAAGGUGAUGAAGAGAAAGCUGCUGUAAUUAAACCCACAUGUGUAAGGUUCCUGAUGGUAAAUUAUCUAAAGAAGUGUUACAAAUUAAUUCUCAACUCAAUCUGAAUAUUUGUAAAAGGAAUAUUUUUUAAAUAAAUUUUUAUAAAAUGUAUAAAA